GUAAAUCGACUGGGUUUCGGAUUAUAGAACGUUGAUGCCAGCAAGCACAAUUCUCAGCCCUGCAGCCCGACCUUUUGACUUUCGACUGGCGACUUCCAGCGGGUCUCCCAAGUCCAGCCCAUCUCGAGAGAAAGGAGGCCAAUCAGACCCAUUGCGGACUUGACAGUGUGAGACUGGAAGGCCGCCCGGCAACAAUCACAGUCGCUUGUUGUGAACUUCUUGAUAAAAGGGACCAAUCUGCGAAUCUCUGCUGUCCCGCCUGGAAGAGAGCUGCUUAGUCGUCAAGUUUCACGGUGGGAUUGUUUGUUGGAAUCCCACGUCUCUCUGGAGAUGAAUGCAAUACAGCUAUUCCGCCGCCGACUGGUCCUUCAUUUUGAUCUUGGGACACUGUCACUACUGAUCGUACGCGUUUUGUUACCCUCCCUGCGGAUUCGAAUACCUUCCAAAACGUCGAAUUGGCACAUAACGAGUUUGCUGCAGCGAUAAGUGGCCAGAUUAUGAACCAUCGAAUCUGAGCAAACGACAAUGAGCAUCGUCACCUGCGAGAGGUUUGCUACAUAAUGCCGUGGAAAGGAUUGAAGAUGAGUGGCGUUGGGCAGAAAGAUGGUUCCCAAAAGCCACAGAGAACAGAUCCAGGCCGACUGGAUCAUGCUUCCCGCAUGGCUCAUUCUCGAGACAAGAUCGGUUCACGGGGAUCUGAAUCGUUAACGUUUGCCCAGAAAGUGCCUUCCACAUCAUUCGAUAAUGGAGGGCGAGAUUCCACACGACUGGCGGAUCGUCUCCUUCGAGCCCAGAAUACCAAACGAAACAGAUUCAGCCUGCUAAGAUUCCGGCAUGCUUCUGACCCCCAGCUGUCGGCAUCCUACCAAGAAGCAGAGGCCCCGCCCAUUCCACCGAUUCCUGAAAGUGCCCAGCCGCCGAAAAUAAUCACCACGUCCCCGACAACGGAUGACCUAGGUCAAGCCGCCAAACGCAAAAGCAUCUUCAAAAUGUCCCAUCCAAAGGCGCCUCAUGAAAAGACCAAGUCAGUAGAUGUCAAUUCCGCCAUCCUGCCCAAAAAUUCCAACCCUCAAAUCCCGGUAUCUGCCACUGCUCCGGCAAGUGUCAGGGCCUCCCAUAUUAGCUUUGAAGAACCUCAAGGAAGGCUUUCAACGACUUCUUUACGUAGUGGCCCUCCUCGCUGGCAAGAUGGGUCGCAUCAAAGCUUGUUUCCUGCAGCAAGGUUCUCAGAAUCGUCAAGGUCUGAGGCUAGUUCGGGAGACCAUGGCGUUUACAAUUCCGCGUCUAGAACCGACGCCUCUUCGAGCACAUCCUCGUUCCUCCGCCUUCUUAGGAAGAAUCGACACAGCCUAUUAUUUCCUUCUCUUAUGAAAAAUCUCCCUGGGCAAACCUUCAUGCACGAUCAGCAGCCGCGCGCAAUAUCUUCCGCGGAUCAAGAUCGGGAACAUCUUUCGCCCCUUCCUUCCCCUUCCCGCUCAUCUGUCGGACGUGGACCUGUGGAGCCGAAUACCUUUUGCAAUAACUCCACGACAUCCGCCCAUUCAAGGAGAUCUUCAGUCUCAAACAGACCCAAUUUUAGGGGCAGAUCAUCCACAAUAGGCUCUCUUGCCGAUAUCCAGGAUGAUACUCGUCAGUUGUCUUCCGAACUUGUCCCAUCUAGUGGCACAUCAACGUUUACCGGCCCGCGAAAGAGCUUUAGUGACUUGUUUAACCCUUCAAGAUCUCGACACAAUAUAGAGGGAUAUGCGGCUGGUGAAGUUCCAGAAACCCCUCAAUCAAUGUCAUCAAAGCCAAAUUCUUUCUCACUCGCAAGAGAAGUAGCUAGCUGUCCACCCCGAGAACCAGAUGACACACCCGCAACCUACCUUACGCGACUCGAAGGUGCGGUUCAUCGGGCCGCUAUUGCCACGAUUCUCUCACAAUCAGGAGACGAUUUCUAUAAGGCAACAUUGAGGAAAUAUAUCCGCGGUUUUGCAUUCUUUGGCGAUGCGAUGGACAUGUCAAUUCGAAAAUUGCUUAUGGAGGCUGAACUGCCGAAGGAAACCCAGCAGAUCGACCGCGUACUCCAAAGCUUUGCCGAGCGAUAUCACGAAUGCAACCCUGGAAUUUUUGCAUCUCCUGAUCAAGCUUAUUUCAUCGCGUUCUCGUUGCUGAUCCUUCAUACCGACGUCUUCAACAAAAACAACAAAAGGAAAAUGCAGAAGCAGGAUUACGUUCGUAACACAAGAGGCGAAGGCUUAGCGGAAGAGAUCCUUCAAUGCUUCUAUGACAAUAUCUGCUACACCCCUUUUAUCCACGUGGAGGAUGAAGUUAAUCUGGGUGUACGACGGCUGGCGCCCAAGGCACGAAGCCCAUUAUUCAAGACCGCGAGCACUGACCAUUUAUCAAGAUCGUCCAGAGACCCCGUCGAUCCCUAUGCUUUGAUCCUCGAAGGCAAACUUGGCAGUCUUAGACCGAAUCUCAAGGAUGUAAUGGAUUUGGAAGAUGUGUACAGUGUUUCAGGAGCUGGGCCCUCGCCAAAUAUGAACGACCUUCACCGGGCCUUUUAUAAGCCAUGUGUCCUGCAGAUAGUUUCGGAAAGAUCCCGUCCGGAUGCUUUCCUGACACAAUCCUCCAUCGCCAAUCCCGCCGAAUCACAACCUGGCCUUGUAGAUAUUCGGGUAGCCAAGGUUGGACUUUUGUGGAGGAAAAAUCAGAAAAAGAAGAAAACCAGAUCUCCGUGGCAGGAAUGGGGGGCUGUUCUCACUGGUUCGCAGCUCUAUUUUUUCAAGGACGUUCAGUGGGUCAAGUCAUUGAUCUCUCAAUAUGAAUCAAGGCAAACUGGUGGGCGCCGCCACCCUGUGACUUUCAAACCUCCCGUCAGCGAUUUUAAACCAGAUUCGAUCGUGUCUACUGCAAAUGCUGUGGCACUGCUGGACGCCAGCUAUAAACGGCAUAAGCAUGCGUUUUUAUUUGUUCAACACGGAGGAUUUGAGGAGGUCCUUUUAGCUAAUAGCGAUAUCGACUUGAAUGAUUGGAUAGCGACCAUCAAUUAUGCGGCUGCUUUCAGAACAACGGCUGUUCGUAUGAGGGGAAUGAUUGGAGCGAACUAUGAAGGCCAUUUGCCUCACAAAUCCACUAGGGCAGACUCAGUAACGUCAGACACAUCGGAGACUCCCACCAUCUUAGACUCAGCUGCCACCAAUACCAGAAGAAUGGACCCCUGCCUUGCAGAAGAGAUCUUUGCUGCGCGUCGCGAACUCGUUUCUAGAAAGGUGCAAGAAGCGGACGAGAAACUCGCUGUAACUCAGAAACAACUGGACGAUCUUUUGCAAAAUGCUCGACACCUCCAAAUUCUGACGCCUAUUCACCCACGUGCCAGAGACAACGUUGUUUUGGCGGCUGGACGAAUUGCAGCUAAUAUCAAAUGGGUUCGGUUAGACAUUUGGCGGGCAAGAUGUCACAGAGAUGUGCUGGCGCUUGACUUAGCGGAAGAGGAGAAGCAUUUACCGUCUGUAAAGAAAGUUCCCAGCAGCUCCCCGGGCAGAAACGAGAUAUGCUCCUUUUCAAGCCAGGAACAUCAGAUAUUGUCAGAAUCAGCACCAAGCCUUGGCCCUACGUCUCCAAAAAGCAACCGAUCUUCCAAGCGAGCUCGUUCUCGUUCCCCAACGCCGUCGAAGGAAUUCAACCUACCCGAUCAAUUGAUAGAGAGCAUAUCAACCACCGUUAAGAGACCAGGAUUGCCAAAUUCUCUUUCUUCGCCAGAAACAACGGCAUCGCUAGGAAGGCCGUUAAUUGAUGGGAGUAAAGAUGAUGCCGCUCUUGAUUCAAUAAAAUCAUUUGGUGAAACUCUCCUACCACCUCAGGCCUCAACGACAAGCUCUAUCAACAAAUUGGAGUCGACCGGAUCUGCAAAACAGUCGUUGGCGCAGAAAACCCCAACAUCGAGUGUAAUUGACACCGAAGAAGAGCGUCUCCUUCGGGAAGCCGGUAUUCUAUCCAAUGAGCUAUUUUUGCAAAUGUCUGCAUCCGCUGACGCAACAGAUGAACCCAACACCGCAAAUAACGAUGGUCGGGUAGAACCAGCGCUUGGUGAAGGUCGAAGUAAGAUUCGAAGGAGCCUACAUCGCACGCUUCGUGAUGGCCAUUUUAUUCCCCAUCAUCAGCGAAGCAAAAAGGGUAAAGAUUCCGGUACAACCGUUUCUGCAGCGGACGACGGGAAUGCUGCUGCUGAAACAGAAACCUUAGCGCGUGGUGCUGGAAGCUUCACUGUUCACGGAAAAAAGGCCUCCGUUGUUACUUUUGGUUCAGAAUGGGAAAACAUGUCCCCUGGACAACGCCUCAAGCAACGCAGACCAACCCAUACUGAAGACUCUCGCGCUUCCGAAAUGCUGGGGCUUGAUCUUGUCAGCUCUGAAAGUAUGAGCGGCAGACAGGCUUACUCUCUAAGAUCUGUCAGCACGACUACGGCCAAGAGUUUGCGGCAGCUGGACAGGGCUCAAGAGAAAGCCACCGGGCUUGGUUCUCCCGAGGAGUCUCUCCCAGAGACCAGUCCCCAUCUCAACAAUGAAAAUUCUAUGACAAUUGACGCAGAUUCUGCUGUUAUUAUCGAAGAAGAAGAAGAGCCUCCCCAUGAGCCGGUUGACGGAGUGCUUCGGUCCCUGACCGCUAAAGAGCAAACCUCGAUAGAUCAACCACCAGGAAAGAAGGAUUUGGCUCCCACAGAGCCUGAACCCAAUAUUGACGAUUCUUCUCUCCUGUCGGAUCGCAUUGCCUCGGAAUAGACCAUUGAAUCAUAGUGUUGCUUUCAUUAUUUCUCCUUAUCCCUUUCCUCUUCCAACCUUUCUCACGAUGAUUAUGACUGCCUGAUUCCCACCCACUGCUUUUGCUGUUAUUCGGUGCCUUGAAUUGCAUUGACCCCUCUCUCCGACCGCACCCAAACCUUUGUACAAGCCUUCUACCACCACUCUGUACUCAUAUUCAGUUUUUGCCCAUGAAAAGCCUGAGUUAAACCUACACUGGCCCGCAUAUUUCUUUGUCAUUGAGCCCUGUCCCUGGACUGCUUUUGCUAUGGCCUUCCAAUUUUCCUGUCAUUGUGUGUGUUGUCAGCCUUGAAUUGCUGCACACCCCAAUAUUUCCCCGAGCAGCUUGUUGAAACCAAAAAUAGGUCUUGCAGGUUGUUUUUUUCAUCACAUUGUAAACAAUUGUAAUAGCCAUGAAAACCCAUAAAGUC